AGCGGAGCCAAGCGGCCGGGACUGGGCGCGACCCCGGCCAGCGUAGGCGCAGGAGCGGGCGGAGCCGAUCGCCGGCUAUGCAGAGGCUGACGGCCGCCGGGGCCCGAGCCAUCGUGGACAUGUCGUACUCCCGUCACUUCCUGGACUUCCAGGGCUCUGCCAUCCCCCGAACCAUGCAGAAGCUGGUGGUGACCCGGCUGAGCCCUAACUUCCACGAGGCCGUCACCCUGCGCCGGGACUGCCCAGUGCCGCUCCCCGGGGACGGAGACCUCCUCGUCCGGAACCGAUACGUUGGUAUCAACGCAUCUGACAUCAACUACGCAGCGGGCCGCUAUGACCCAUCUGUAAAGCCCCCCUUCGACAUAGGUUUUGAAGGGAUUGGUGAGGUGGUGGCCUUAGGCCUCUCGGCUAGUGCUAGGUACACAGUGGGCCAGGCUGUGGCUUAUGCGGCUCCAGGUUCCUUUGCCGAGUAUACAGUGGUGCCUGCUAGCAUUGCCACAGCUGUGCCUUCAGUGAAACCCGAGUAUCUCACCCUGCUGGUUAGUGGCACCACUGCGUACAUCAGCCUGAAAGAGCUUGGGGAGCUGUCAGAAGGAAAGAAAGUUCUUGUAACCGCAGCUGCCGGGGGCACAGGCCAGUUUGCCGUACAACUUUCAAAGAUGGCCAGGUGUCAUGUCAUCGGAACCUGCUCCUCCGAGGAAAAGGCAGCUUUCCUGAAAUCUGUUGGGUGUGAUCGUCCCAUCAACUACAGAACGGAGCCUGUGGAGGAGGUACUCAAGCGAGAGUACCCUGAAGGUGUCGAUGUAGUCUAUGAGUCUGUUGGGGGAGCCAUGUUUGACCUGGCUGUGGAUGCUCUGGCCACCAAAGGGCGCUUGCUGGUAAUUGGGUUUAUCUCUGGCUACCAGAGCCCUACGGGACUUUCACCAGUAAAAGCUGGAGCCCUGCCGGCCAAGCUCCUGAGGAAGUCAGCCAGCCUCCAGGGGUUCUUUCUGAACCACUACUUCUCCAAGUACCAGGCUGCCAUGGAACACUUGCUGGCGCUGUAUACGCAAGGGGACCUAGUGUGUGAGGUGGACCUGGGACACCUGACUCCAGAGGGAAGGUUCACUGGCCUUGAAUCCAUAUUCCGGGCUGUUGACUAUAUGUACACCAGGAAAAAUAUUGGGAAACUUGUUGUUGAAUUGCCACACUGUGCCAGCAGUAAGCUGUGACAAGGGACAAGGGGACAGUGGCAUAAACCAAAGAGGAAAGAAAGUGAACUCUCUGAGCCUUAGAAUGAAUGUAAUAGUUUUUAAAACAAAAGUAUAGUGUUGAUGAAUUUCCUGCCCUCCCCCCUUGAUAAAAAUAAUGUGCCUCAAUAAAACCUCUCUCUGUAGCUAAGAGGUAAAACGUUUACAUUCGAUUCUUUAGUCAUGGACGGUCUCAUUCCAGAUUUUAUUGUUCCAGGGAAGUAAAUUAAUUCCUGAUGUGAGACCUGAUCGAGUCAGUAUGUCCCCAGCCCAAUGAGAUUUUUAAAAUCAGACUUCAGAUAGCUAGCUCACUACGCCUCCUUCGCUUUAAAAGCCGCAGUACUUGUGCUAAGUACAUAACAGG